AUGGCCUCCCGCCUCCUGCACCGCCUGCGGCACGCCCUGGCUGGAGAGGGCGAGGGUGACCUGGAGGGACAGGGUGGAGGCGGCUCAGAGGUGGAGGAAUUCCCAGAGAGCUCCGAACUGGAGGAUGACACUGAGGGGCUGUCCACGCGGCUCAGCGGCACCCUGAGCUUCACCAGUAAUGAAGAGGAGGAGGCGGAGGAGGAGGAUGCUGCUAGCCAGGAGAUGGGGGAUCUGUGUGAGCUGGGGCUGCCCAAGAACCCUGGAGGCAUGGAGAAUGGAGGCCAGCCUGAUGGGCAGUGGGGCAGUAACCUCCUGACACGCCAGCUCCAGGACUUCUGGAGGAGAUCGCGCAGCAGCUUCGUUCCCCAGCGGCUGCUCUUCGAGGUCACCAGCACCAGCGUCGUCAGUGAGCGCUCCUCCAAAUAUGUGCUCUACACCAUCUACCUGAUCCGCUCCGGCCAGUUUGACAAGGCCCCUGCUGCCAUUGCCCGGCGCUACUCAGACUUUGAGAGACUGAACCGGCGCCUACGCCACCAGUUUGGCUGCGACAUGGCGGGCGUCUCCUUCCCCAGGAAGAGGCUGCGCAGGAACUUCACGGCAGAAACCAUCGCCAAGCGGAGCCGGGCCUUUGAGCAGUUCCUGUCCCACCUGCACUCCAUCACCGAGAUCCGCCGCUCCUCCGACUUCCUGGAGUUCUUCUUCCUGCGUGACCUGCAGGCAGCGCAGCGCCUCACCUGCACCGGCAUGUACCGCGAGGCCCUGGCCACCUGGAGCAACGCCUACCGGCUCCAGGACAAGCUGGGCGCCUGCAACUCGGGCCGCUUCCUCCUCACUCUGGCUGGCCUGGUGGUUUGCCACCAGGAGCUGGAUGAGCUGAGUGAGGCUCAUCGCUACUGCGAGCAGGCUCUGGAGCUCCUGGAGGCCCAAGACAGCCACCCCUUGCUGGAGCCCUUCCUUCAGGCCCAUGUCCACCUGUCCUGGAAGGUGGGGAAAGACAAGCGCCAGUCGGAGGCCAGGCUGCAGGGGCUGCAAGGAACGGGGGUGGCUCUGCAGCAGCAGCCCACCCUGAAGGAGUUCUUGAUCAAGGAGGCUUUGGACUGA